GAUUACAUAGAAAAACAGGACGAGCUGUAGCCAUCAAAGUGAUCGACAAACUGCGGUUCCCAACGAAACAAGAGGCUCAAUUGAAGAAUGAAGUUGCAAUAUUGCAGAACUUGUCGCAUCCGGGUGUUGUCAAUUUGGAACGCAUGUUCGAGACAGUUGAGCGUAUAUUCGUUGUCAUGGAAAAGCUCAAAGGAGACAUGUUGGAAAUGAUAUUGUCCAGCGAGAAGCGAAGUCUCUCUGAGAGAAUAACUAAGUUCCUUAUCACUCAGAUUCUUAUAGCAUUGAAACAUCUGCACAGUAAAAAUAUAGUUCACUGUGAUUUGAAACCGGAGAAUGUGCUUCUCAGUUCAGACUCAGAUUUUCCUCAGGUGAAGCUUUGUGAUUUUGGCUUUGCUCGCAUUAUCGGCGAAAAGUCGUUUCGUAGAUCAGUUGUCGGCACUCCUGCCUAUUUAGCUCCAGAGGUUCUGCGAAACAAGGGCUACAACCGGUCACUGGACAUGUGGAGUGUUGGCGUGAUCGUGUACGUGUCGCUGAGUGGCACGUUUCCCUUCAACGAGGAUGAGGACAUCAACGAGCAGAUACAGAAUGCCGCGUUCAUGUACCCACCCAAUCCAUGGAAGGAUAUCUCCCGAGAUG